UAGACAUGUUAGUUUGAGAUACACUAAAGAACUACCCAAACUCAUAGAGCUCUAAGUUACACCAACUGAUCUAUCCUCAGGCCAGUAUAGCUAUGAUUUUACAUUCUUUAUACGAGCUGUUCACUUUUAAAGAAUGGAUGAUUUUCACUGUGGCUCUCUUGUUUUUCAUUUGGAUUAUUGGGAGGAAAAAUUCACCCAACUUUCCUCCAGGACCACUGCCUUUACCUUUACUGGGAAAUGUCUUUACAGGAGGUGACUAUGAAACUAUGAAUAAGUUAGCAGAACAGUAUGGGAAUAUUUUCAGUCUCAGGAGAGGCUCUACCAAAAUUGUGUAUGUUUCUGGAUAUAAGAUGGUGAAAGAAGCACUUGUAAGUCAAGGAGAAAGCUUUGCUCGGUUUGUUUCACCUUUAUUUGAUGACAUUUACAAAGGCAGAGGUUUGUCAUUUACCAAUGGCUACUCAUGGAAAAAGCACCAACAGUUUUCUGUUAGUUACAUCAAGAGCUUUGGAGAGAGUCAAGAAACUCUACAUGAUAAAAUCCAGCAUGAAUGCUACUUCCUGUGUGAAGCCUUCAAAGAAGAACAAGGAUGUCCAUUCGACCCUCUGACCAAGAUCAAUAAUGCAGUAGCCAAUGUGAUUGGUACCCUGGUAUAUGGGCAUCGCUACGAGUAUGAUGACUUCCAGUUCCAGAAACUUCUACGCAUGAGUGCAGAGUCGGUGCAUCUUACAGGCUCUGUGUGGAAUGAGCUGUACGAUGCAUUUCCAAGCAUAAUGAAAAUCCUGCCAGGGCCUCAUCACACUAUAAUAGCAAACUAUCGCCGACUGGCAGCAUUUCUGGGAGAGAAGACUGAAAAACACAAACAGGACUGGGACCCGAAUGAGCCUCGAGAUUACAUCCACUCCUACCUAACCGAAAUUGAGAAGAGAAGCAAUGAUAAGGAGGCCCGGUUCAACACUGGCAACUUGGAAUGGUGUAUGGUGGACCUGUUCGAGGGAGGAACCGAGACGACAACUAACACACUACGCUGGGCUCUGCUUUACAUGAUCAAUUAUCCACUGAUACAGGAGAAAGUCCAGGAGGAGAUCGAAAGUGUGAUUGGACAGACACGUUUCCCUACGAUGGCAGACAAAGCCAGCAUGCCAUACACUAAUGCAGUCCUUCAUGAAGUGCAAAGGAAAGGUGAUAUUGUCCCACUGAAUAUGGCCAGGGUGGCUACAAAGGACACUACUUUGGGGGGAUAUUUGAUCCAAAAGGGAACCAUAGUAAUCGCCAACCUCUCUUCUGUGCUGCAUGAUCAAACCGAGUGGGAAACACCGGACACCUUCAAUCCAGAGCAUUUCCUGGACUCUGAGGGCCAUUUCCGCAGAAGAGAUGCAUUUAUUCCGUUCUCAACAGGGAAGAGAAUGUGUCCUGGUGAAUACCUGGCUCGAGUUGAACUGUUCCUUCUCUUCACCUGCCUCCUGCAGAAAUUUACAUUUCAACCUCCACCUGGAGAAGAGCCUAGUUUGGAGAGUCAGCUCGGGUUUACAAAGGUCCCCAUGCCGUAUAAGUUGUGUGCCUCCCUACGAUAAAACCAGAAGAAAAGCAGGUUCAGGGAUUAAUAUAGGGGUUAAAAUCGAACUUUACUUCUAUUCCAAAUGCAAAGCUCCUGUAAUGCUAUUUACUUUUGUUGUAAAAGUGUUUGAUUAAACAGAGAAAUUGGCUUAUAGAUAGUUGUCUUGCACACAAAGCUAAAUUCUUAAUAAUGAUUCAAAUGUUUACAAAUGUAACAUAAUGUAUCACAAAUAUCUUUUGGGAUUUCUUUAAUCAUGAAGCUGAUAACAAGCUCGUAAAUGGAAUUAGGAUUGAUAGUGUAGAGGAAGAGCUACAAUAUUUGUAGUAUUGAUUAUUUCUGGCUGCUGAUUGGUUGUUAAGAAUAUUUUGAGCUUAAUAGUUUUAUAUAUAUAUA